CACAGAGACACAACUCAAAUAUAUAUGCUAUAAGAAAUGUCUAAAUAUUACUCAUUAAAACAUGCCAAGCUCAAUCCCCCUUAAGUUGGCUAAUGUCUAAUGUUUAGUACCUUGGUUUAUUUGACAAGGCUACAAACUGCGUAUGAAUAUUGAAUAAUACGGAACCUACGAUAAGAUGGGUAAACAUCAUAAUAGAUAUGGAAGAGGUUUUAAAAAAUUAUGUCAUAAUAAAAUGUCAAGAGGCACUUAAAAUGUUUUAUCUUCAAUUAUGUAGAGGUAUCUUUAUAAACGUAUACCUGCUAAAUGGCUGUAGUAAUUUUGUAAUAGCGUAGUAGUUAAAUAUUUUAAGRGAUAGGUAUUAGUUACUUAAAUCAUUAGUUAAAUAAUAUAUAGCACGUUUUUAACAAAAAUGUUGAUCAACAACCUCUUUAAAAAAAAAAGUGCAUGGAUUUACUGUUUGUUAAGUAUACUGUGUGUGGUAGUAAUAUUUGCUAUAGUAAAAGUAAUUAUUGUUGGCCCAAGUAAUUUUAUCGAUGAAUGUUUGGAACUUGUUGGUGGUCCCAAAAAACAAACCUGGGCGUUUCUGGUUGCUGGUUCAAAAGGCUGGGAUAAUUAUAGACAUCAGGCUGAUGUUUCACAUGCAUACCAAACAUUGUUGAAUAAUGGUAUACCAGUUGACCGUAUAAUUGUAAUGAUGACAGAUGAUGUAGCCUUUGAUCCUAAAAAUCCAUUUCGUGGUGAAUUAUUUAAUCAUCCUAAUGGUUCAGAUGUUUACCAAGGUGUACAAGUUGACUAUAAAGGUGAGGAAGUAAAUAGUGAACAUUUCUUAAACAUAUUAAAAGGAAAUAAGACAGCUAUGAUAAACAUUGGCACAGGUCGUGUAAUUGAAAAUAAUCACAGAAAUAAUAUUUUUGUGUAUUUUGUUGGACACGGAACAUCAGGCAUAUUAGCAUUUCCAGGAAAUUUUUUAUAUGCUGAUGAACUAAACAAUGCAUUACAAUUAAUGUAUAGUGAUCGUAAAUUUAAUAGUAUGCUCUUAUUCAUAGAAUCAUGUAGAGCUGGUUCGUUAUUUGAUGGUAUAUUGAGUGACUCUAAUAAUAUAUUUGCUGUAACUGCCUCUGGACCAAGGGAAAGUUCAUGGUCAAUAUACUGCAUUGAUGAAGGUGAAAUGGAAGAUGUUUGCUUGGGCGAUGAAUUCAGCUGUACGUGGAUUGAAGAUCAAGCAAAUCUCGGUAUAUUGUAUCCGUUACAUGUGAAAGAAAUUGUUGAAAAAAGAACUGUUCUCAAUCAUUUUGUUUACAUCAGAACUAAAGUUAAACUAAGUAAUGUAAUGCCGUAUGGAGACUUUAGUGUUGGUCAAGACAAAUUGUCGGCAUAUAUCGGAAAAUCACCCGAAGUAUUUUCCAAAUAUUCUUAUCAUAAUAGUGGUAUUUCAACAUUUAAUAAACACAAUGGUACAAAUAUGUUUAGUUAUCAAUUUUCAAAAAAUAUGUUUAAACAGUAUCAGACAAAGAAAUUACAUUAUGGAAAAAAUACUAUGAAACAAAGCUAUAUUUACAAUAAUAGUAUUAGAAAAAUUAUGGAUAGAACAUUAAAUACAAUCCUUCAAAGUGUUAUAAAACAAUUGCCAAGAUUUAUUGGACAUAUUGAUGAGCUUAAAGAACUUCCWAGUAGUUUGCCAUUAGAUGUAUUUCCGUGUUACAGACAAACUUUGGAGCACAUCACUACAAACUGUUUUUCUUUGCCUAAGAAUAUAUACUCACUCAAUGAAAUGCACCAAUUUUUCAACCUAUGCACAAGAAUUAAAGACAGUGGAUGGAAAUCUGAAGAAUUUUAUAGCGUGUUUGAACAAGUUGUAYACAAUGUCUGUUCAAAAAAUUCAUCAACAUUUUCAAAUUUAAAUAAAAUUACUGAUAUUCAUUGA